AUGACCAAUAUCGCUGCCAUUACAGUCUUGGCCGUCCUAUUCACCUCCUCCAAAGCUUUCUCCAUUGGUGCUCUUCCAGCCACCGUAACAGCUGGACAAGUGGAAUUACUUACAUGGAUGCGAAAUGAGAAUGAUCCAACUUGCUUUCUACUCGGAAAGACUUCCGCUGCGAAAAACAUGUUGGGAAGGGUCAGCCCUACGGUUUCAGUGGGGACAGAACAAACUCAGGGGAUCUUGCCUAUUACCUUUAAUAUUGCUCAAAUUCAAGUGACUAUCGUUGCGUACGACCUCGACCGUAAUGCGUAUGACCUCAACAGUAACCGGUAA